AUUCUCAAAAAAUUCAGUUGCUGUAUAGCUCUCGUUUAAAGAAGACUUCAGUUUUAAAAAUAAUUGUUUUAAUAAUAUUCUAAGCAAAUAAAAGAAAAUUAUAGUUGUUUAAUAAAAUUAUUCAACUUAAUAAUUUCACUAUCAAAUCCUCUUUUUUUGCAAUGAGGUCGUUUUGUGUGUUUGCUGUUACUUUGGCGCUGGUUGCUUCAGUUUCAGCAACUAAACCUCCAAGAUGGGACGCCACGUACACCGUCAGUGGAACUUUGAAUAUUCCAUAUGCCGAAAUCAGUGAACCCUUUUACGCUUGGUAUGACAAAAACACCAAUCGUUCACGUAUUGAUUACUACGGUGACAUGGUCAAGACUUAUCAACUUGCCAACGAGGAUAAAUAUGGAACUUCAUUGAAAAUUGCUCCCGUCACCACAUCCUCUGAAUUGAAUAAGGAAACUUGUCUGCUUGUAAAUGGUACAGCUGAGAAUGUCAUUGAUAUUCAAUCAAUCUUGCCCGAUGCCAAGAGUUUUGUGCUCAUCGGUACCGAAACACUUCUUGGUUUGGUUUGUGAUAAAUUCCGUUUGGAAGAAGUGAUUGGCUCGAAGAAGAACAUCUAUACUCUGUGGGUGCGUUACAAGAAAUCUCCGAAAUUCCCAGCAUCUCGUCAGCCGAUUCCAGUGCGAUAUGAGAUGAAGGGCUAUAAUACACUUUUGGGAUCCCAUUAUGAUCAUUACUAUUUGGAUUAUGAGACUUACACAAUUGACACUAUUCCCAAUGAGGUUUUCGAAAUCAGUCCAGAUAUGCCAUGUGUCAGCUUCCCAGGACCUGGAGUCGGACAUUAUGCCACAUUCAAUCCCAUGCAGGAGUUUGUUCAUCCCACCAGUGAUCACCAUGUUGAAAUGGAAUUCAAAAGGUUCAAGAGCAAGCAUGGAGUUCGGUACACGAACGCCACAGAACAUGAAUUCCGUAAAAAUAUCUUCCGCCAAAAUCUUCGUUACAUCCACUCAAAGAAUCGUGCUAAGUUGGGUUAUUCCUUGGCUGUUAAUCAUUUGGCCGAUAAGACCGAGGACGAAUUAAAAGCUCGACGUGGAUUCAGAUCAUCGGGAGUUUACAAUACAGGCAAACCAUUCCCCUACAGCACCCAGAAAUUGAAGGACAACCUUCCAGAGCAAUUCGAUUGGAGACUACUUGGAGCUGUAACUCCUGUCAAGGAUCAAUCGGUUUGCGGUUCAUGCUGGUCCUUUGGAACAGUUGGUGCAAUUGAAGGCGCGUUUUUCCUCAAGAACGGCGGCAACUUGGUCCGACUCUCCCAACAGGCUUUAAUCGAUUGCUCCUGGGAAUACGGCAACAAUGGCUGCGAUGGUGGCGAGGAUUUCCGUGCCUACCAAUGGAUGAUGAAGAACGGAGGCAUUCCCACUGAAGAAGACUACGGCAGCUACUUGGGUCAAGAUGGUUUGUGUCAUGCCGAUAGUGUUCCAAAAGUUGCCAAGAUCACAGGAUUCGUCAACGUCACCUCGAACGAUCCUAAUGCCUUUAAAAUUGCUCUAAUCAACAAUGGACCGUUGUCAGUGGCCAUUGAUGCAGCACACAAGAGCUUCAGUUUCUAUUCACAUGGAGUGUUCUAUGAACCUGAAUGUAAGAAUGACAUUAACGGUCUUGAUCAUGCAGUUUUGGCGGUUGGUUAUGGAAAGAUCAAUGGUGACGAUUAUUGGUUAGUUAAGAAUUCAUGGUCUACCUAUUGGGGUAAUGAUGGUUAUGUUCUGAUGUCGGCUAAGGAUAAUAACUGUGGAGUUAUGACUACACCAACUUAUGUAGAAAUAGCAUAAGAUCAACAAUGGCGAUGAUCGAAGAUAUGCCAAAGCUUAGAUAGGUUUUAAAAUGUACAAGUCAUUUUUUUAAUAUACGAAAAUAAACAAAAAGGUUUUAAUCAAA